AUGGUUUGUAAAACUCAUGCUGCUAAAUGUGGGAUUCCAGAUCCUUAUCACAUUCUUCAUGAGUAUUAUAAACCAGGGCAGACAAUCAUUGGUGGAGUUGUUUCACAGAGCUUCAUCCUCUCCAGUCCCAAAGACUUUCAAGAACAACCUCCUGAGAAAUCAUCUGAAGAUCCCAUUGUAGUGCCUAAGAACUACCAGCACAUUCUUGCCUUGUUAUUUGCUGUAAAGGAGAUCAAUGAAAAUCCUGAGAUCUUGCCAAAUGUCACCUUGGGAUUCCAAAUUUAUGACAUUUAUUCUGAUGCUGAAAUGACCUAUCGUGGCACAAUGCAACUUAUUUCAACAAAGAACAGAUUUGUCCCCAAUUUCAAGUGUGACAUCCAGGACAAUCUGAUUGCAAUCAUUGGGGCACUUCGUUCAGAUGCAACCCACCAGAUAGCAAACAUCUUGGGUAUCUACAGAAUUCCACAGCUCUCAUAUGGAUCUACUCCAGGGAAAGCACAUAGGAAUGUAUUCCUUACCUCCUAUCAGAUGGCACCAGAUGAUGGCCUUCAGUAUAUGGGGAUUCUUCAGUUACUUCUCCAUUUUAAGUGGAUAUGGAUUGGAUUCAUUGCUGAUGAUCUAGAGAGUGGAGACAUGUUUUUGAAGCUCAUGCUUCCAUUAUUUUCCAAAAGUGGCAUCUGUUUAGCUUUCGUAGAAGCAUGUCCCAAAUAUGUGACUUACGACAAUGACAAAGCAGAUGUAAUACAAAAAGGGAUUGAAAUGUAUGCUAAACUCAUGAGCAGCAGAGCCAAUGCCUUGGUCUUCUAUGCAGAAGCAGAUUCUAUCUUCUUUUUGAGAUGGGUUCUGUUCUUACCUGAAAUAGAAGAUAUGAUCCAAAAGCAGAAAGGCAAAGUCUGGAUUCUGACAGCUCAGAUGGAAUUCAAAUCAUUUGUCUUCCAAAGAGAGUGGGAUAUACAAGCCAUCUGUGGUGCUAUAACUCUUGCAAUUCAUUCUAAUGAACUCCAAGGAUUCAAAGAAUUUAUUCGAGGAAGAAACCCUGCCAGUGCAACAGGAGAUAGUUUUAUCAGGGACUUCUGGGAGCAGGCAUUUGGCUGUGUCUUCCCAAACUCUGCCCUGGGUAAAGCAGAGGAUGAUAUCUGCACUGGAGAGGAAAAGCUGGAAAACCUUUCUGGGGCAUUUUUUGAAAUGAAUAUGUCUGGCCACAGCUACAGUAUUUACAAUGCUGUCUAUGCUGUGGCCCAUGCCUUACAUGCCAUGCUUCUGUCCAGAUCCAAAACCAAAAGAGUGGUGGAAGGAGAACGAAGGAUACUUCAGACUAAUCAGCCAUGGCAGUUGCACCACUUUCUGAAACAAGUUUCAUUUAACAACAGUGCUGGUGAUGAAAUUUCUUUUGACCAGAAUGGAAUAUUAGUAGCAGGAUUUGAUGUGAUCAACUGGGUCACAUUCCUAAACCAAUCUUUCAUUAAAGUAAAAAUUGGAAAGAUGGAUCACCAUGUUCCUCCAGAGCAAGCAUUUUCCAUUAAUGAUAAUGCAAUUGUAUGGCACAGCUGGUUUAACCAGGUUCAGCCUACUUCUUUGUGUAAUGACAAGUGCUAUCCUGGUUUUAGCAAGAAAGGGAAGGAAGGGGAGCUAUUCUGCUGCUAUGAUUGCAUCCCAUGCCCAGAAGGAAAAAUAUCUCAAGAGAAGGAUACAGUUGAGUGUUCUCUCUGCCCAGAAGAUCAUUAUCCAAACAUGGACCACAUUCUAUGCCUUCCCAAACCUGUGAUCUUUUUAUCUUAUGAGGAGCCUUUGGGGAUCAGUUUAGCUGCCAGUGCACUUUCAUUCUCUUUGACAACAGUUGUGGUGCUACACAUGUUUCUGAAGCACCGCAACACUCCUGUUGUCAAAGCCAACAACAGGAAUCUCACCUAUACACUCCUCAUCUCCCUCUUGCUCUGUUUCCUCUGUGCAUUGCUAUUCAUUGGGAAACCUAACAGGGUGACAUGUCUCCUCCGACAAAAUAUCUUUGGCAUAAUCUUCUCCAUGGCUGUUUCUUGUGUGUUGGCCAAAACCAUCACAGUGGUUUUGGCUUUCAUGGUCACCAAGCCAGGAUCCAGGAUGAGGAGGUGGGUUGGGAAAAGGUUAUCCACCUCUGUUGUUCUUUCUUGCUCCCUUAUUCAAGGAGGACUUUGCAUUGCGUGGCUGGCAACCUCUCCCCCAUUCCCACAUCUUGACAUGCUUUCAAAAGAUAACACAAUUCUAUUUGAAUGUAAUGAGGGCUCAGUGACCAUGUUUUAUUCUGUCUUAGGCUACAUGGGUUUUCUGGCAAUUGCCAGCUUCAUUGUGGCUUUCCUGGCCAGGAAAUUACCUGACAGUUUUAACGAAGCCAAAUUUAUCACUUUCAGCAUGGUUAUGUUUUGCAGUGUUUGGUUAUCUUUUGUCCCAACAUACCAGAGCACUGCAGGAAAAUAUGUGGUAGUUAUGGAAAUCUUCUCCAUUUUAGCCUCGAGUGGUGGGCUCCUGAGCUGCAUAUUUUUACCCAAAUGUUACAUUAUCAUACUAAAACCUGAACUGAAUAACAAAGAACAACUAAUCAGAAGAAAAUCUUGA